AUUUUACUUACAAUAAGACCCAAAUUAUAGGGGAGAAAUUCAAUUAUAACAGAAGGAAGUGACAGAGGCAGUGCAAUGAACGGCGUAUUUCUAACAAUGGCACUUUUAACCCUUCAGACGAAUGCGUUUAUGUCGAAAUUUAAAGACAUGUACGUAACUGAUUUCCACAUUACCAAGUGCUACCCCAAUGAAACGGGCGCUAUUGCUGUGGAAGAUGUUGAAAUUAAUAUCGGCCCUAAUAUGAAGGUCCACGUGAGUGGGACGUUGAUUGCAUCUCGCGAUUUAGCAUCACCAAUUAAGACUGAGGUGGUUGUAAAAAAGAGUACGUGGUUUGGGUGGUUCGGUGUUGGCUGUGUUGAUAAUGUGGGUUCUUGCAAUUUUGAGGACCUGUGCGAAUUUGGAUAUCAACCCGCCGAAGGCUGCCCUCCAGAUUUUAAAGAAUACAAUGUCCCCUGUAGAUGUCCACUUAAAAAGGGUAAUUACAGAAUUCCAUCAACAAUACUAGAUUUUAUGAGUGAAAGCUUGGUGCUUGGUGGAAAAUACAAGGGUAGUGUGGUUAUGACCCAUUUAGAUGAGAGAUUGGCCUGUUAUAAUAUGUAUUUUACAUUAACGGAUAAAGAGCUGUAAAAUAGGCCCUAAAUGCAAUAACUUAUUACGAGUGUGGUCUUUGUAAUGCCGCCAUUUUUGUAACAUGUGCCAUUUUGUUUAA